GUCAAACACGACACGAGAGAAGCGAAGAAAAAGAAAACGAAAGAGGCGAAAACCUGAUUCGCUACCGACCUGACCUCGCCGCCGGUCUCCGAUUCUCCGCUCGCCUGCUCUGCUCUGCUCCGCCGCCUCUCCGGAAAAGGAAAAACAGUAGUACUGAAUAAUAGACAAGGAUGGCUUCUACUGGCGUGAAAGAUUUCUACCGGCAGAAGAAGAAAGGAGGUGCCGGCAAAACUUCAGCAUCUUCCAAGAAGAAAACACAGAAUUACACUGGAGGGGCCUCUGUUGGGGCUUCAAAUAAGGCUCAGACAGCAGCACUAAUUUCUCACGGAUCCUUAGACCUCAAAGAUGAUUUCAGUGAGCAAGAGGAGCAGCUGCGGCAGUUUGACAUGGACAUGAAGUUUGGCCCAUGCAUCGGUGUCAACCGGCUUCAGCGCUGGGAGCGUGCUUCCGCCAUGGGCCUCCAGCCACCGCCCCACCUUCAUGAUCUCCUAGCGCGUGCCUCCUCCGGAAACAACCGCAACAACGGCGGCCCCUCCCCUGAGUGCCUCUGGGAGGGUAAGAUCUAGAAUCAAGUUUCUUCCGCCAAGAGUGUUCCAUGGCAACCUAGCAAGGCUUGCCUACUGUUUGGGACCAUGUAGUUUAGUCUGAAAUUUUACCGCGCGAAACUCUCGCUGUUGUACUGAAUCCUUGUCUGGUUUCCUUAUCAGAUGUUGCUACUUCCACUCU